AUGACAACAAGAAGUCACUCGUAUAUGUUUGAAAAUGAGAGUUAUAUUAAUCCGACAUCUCAGCUAAAUACAAAAAUACCUUAUAUUUAUUCAUUUUAUCAUAUUUGCAAUUAUACUGAUUAUGAAGGUGAAGAAAAUGUCGAAGACGACGAAGAAUUCUUCUCGGAAGAUGAUGGUUAUGAUCCUGAAGCUCCUGAAAUGUUGCCUUAUCCACGUAAAGAUUCAAUUACUACUAGUAGAUCAAUUUCCAAAAAAAUUCAUAAGGUAGAAUGA